AAAAUAGGUCUAGUUUUUUCAAACAUGGCUUACAGAUUUGUGUACCGCGUUCGCAGUUUUUAUUGAUUCCACGUUUAAACCUCGAUAAGUAUAACAAAGAAAGCUCGCCGUAACGUAUUUUUCUAAUUAAGCUUUCAACCGCCCUCGAUCGUGCUAAAAAUUGGUGUAAUCCGUGACCGGAGGAUUUUAACCAUUUCUCCGCAGACGUUAAAGUAGGUAGCAAGAGCUAGACUCGCCACCAAGCCGAAACUCCUUAUUUGGACGAUGAUUCAUGUAUAGUUGCUCUAAUUGCUGUAACGGUCUCCAAACUUCAAUUCAAUCAUUCCAACAAUGGAAGACGAAGAAUACAAAAAGCUCCCCAUCGAGGAGCGCUGCGUGCACAAACUGUGGCAGGCCCGCAAGAACGGGUACGAGGAAGUGGCCAAGACCUUCCGACAGCUGGACGACGACAAGUCCCCGGAGUUCGGCAAGUACCUGGGGCUAGUGAAGAAGUUCGUCGUUGACAGUCACGCCGUCUGUCAGGAGAAGGGCCUGGAGGCCACGCUAGCGUUCGUGGAGAACUACGCCAACGCCGGCAAGACCGUGGGAGAGGUCAUCACCGGAGUGGUGUCAAAAUGCGUGGCGGCCCCCAAGACCCAGACCCGGGAGCUGGCGGUGCAGCUGAUACUCAUGUACAUAGAGAUAGAGAAAGGGGAGGCGGUGAUGGAGGAGCUGCUCAAGGGGAUGGAGCAGAAGAACCCCAAAAUCGUGGCGGCUUGUGUGAGUGCAAGCACGACGGCGCUGAGGGAGUUCGGGCCCAAGAUUGUGAAUGUGAAGCCUUUGAUUAAAAGGAUCUCGGCGUUGUGUUCGGAUAGGGAUAAGACUGUGAGGGAUGAGGCGAGGAGCAUGGUCGUGGAGAUUUAUAGGUGGAUUGGAGGGGCCUUGAGGUCCCAAUUAAACAACCUAAAGCCCGUGCAAAUAACCGAACUCGAAACCGAAUUUGCCAAAGUCGAAGGCCAAAAGGCGCACCCUCAACGCUACAUCAAAUCCGAACAACAAAAGCAAUCAAUCCCAUCAGCUGUAACAGAAGAAGUAGACGGAGGCGAGUCCGACGAUGAUCAAGAGGAGGACGAGUCGCCCGAGAUGGACCCGUACGACCUGGCGGAUCCCGUCGACAUCCUCUCCCAGCUCCCGAAAGACUUCUACGAGAAAAUCGAGGCGAAGAAAUGGCAAGAGCGCAAGGAGGCGCUGGAAACCGUCGAGAAACUCGUCAAAACGCCCAAGCUCCAGAACGGCGACUACGCGGACCUCGUCAGGGCGCUGAAGAAAGUCAUCGAGAAGGACAGCAACGUGGUAGUGGUGGCGCUGGCCGGCAGGUGUCUGACGGGGGUGGCGACAGGCCUGAAGAAGCGCUUCCAGCCGUACGCGAACGCCUGCAUCCCCUCGCUGCUGGAGAAGUUCAAGGAGAAGAAGCAGAACGUCGUCAGUGCCAUAAAAGAAGCGAUUGAUGUUAUUUAUUUAGCGACUAGUUUAGAGGCUGUCUUAGACGAUAUUAUAGAAGCUUUAGGUAAUAAAAAUCCAUCUGUCAAAGCCGAGACGUCGUUUUUCUUGGCGAGGGCGUUCACUAAGACGCAGCCGAGUGUUAUAAAUAAGAAAAUUCUGAAGGCGCUGUGUGCUCCAUUACUGAAAAAUAUUAACGAGUCAGAUCCCACAGUCCGAGACUCGGCCGCCGAAGCCCUAGGAACCUUAAUGAAACUAGUCGGCGAAAAAGCCGUAGGCCCCUUCUUAGUAGAACUAGAAAAAGACGCCCUGAAAAUGGCCAAAAUCAAAGAGUGCUGUGAAAAAGCCGUGAUAACGAUAAAAAUCGUGGCUCCCAAGAAGGAAAGACCCACGACGGCGCCGGCUAAGCCGCCCCCGAAAGCCAAAGCCGCGACGGCAGCGCCAAAGUCGGCCCCCACGGCCGCCACCAAAUCCAACGCCCCCAAGAAAAAGGCGGGAACGGUGAAUUCGGCCACGGUCGUGCGACCCAAAGGCAAGAACGCCCCCAAGAAACCGACCGAGAAAGAACUCAGCGACGAAGAAGUCGACGAAAUCUUGGCCAACAUAAUUCCGACGAACGUCGUCUCGGAAAUGUCGGACGUCAAUUACAAAACGCGGUUGGCAGCGGUCGACCAGUAUCUAAAAAGCUUAAAAACGUUGAGUCCGAGCGACCUGCCGGUUCAGGCUCUGGUGAAGUGUUUGAGCCGAAAACCGGGACUAAAAGACACCAAUUUUCAAGUAUUGCAAAUAAAGUUAGAAAUUAUUAAGUAUCUGGCGGAGAACGGUAAUUUUUCCACCACGACGGCGAAUAUCUGCGUCAACGACAUAAUGGAGAAGUUCGGCGACCAAAAAAACGGACACUUGGUUCAGGAAACCAUGACGGCUAUAGCUGAGGCCACCAGUUUAGCGCUGAUUUCGUCGAUCGCGGUUGAUUUUGCGCUGAAUCAAAAAAAUCCCAAAGUGAUUACGGAAAUGUUCACUUGGCUGUCAAGCGCUAUCAAAGAUUUCGGUUUUAACGAUUUAAAUACGAAACUGUUGAUUGAGAGUGGAAAGAAGGCUUUAGCUUCGAGCAACCCAGGAGUGCGGCAAGCCGCCAUCACUUUCUUCGGAGUCGUGUACCUCUACGUCCAGAAUCCGUUGUACAGUUUCUUCGACAAUGAAAAGCCGGCUAUAAGAGACCAACUUACCGCGGAAUUCGAUAAACAGCAAGGAGUGAAGCCCCCAGUGCCCACGAAAGGUCUCCCUAAAUGCGCGAGCAGCAACAGCCUCGACAACCUCGACGAAGACGAAGCUCCGGGUGGCGGCGAACCCGUCAACGUCCAAGACCUGAUCCCCCGCGUCGACAUCAGCGGCCAAAUCACCGAACCCCUACUCAACGAGCUCGAAGACAAGAACUGGAAAGUCCGCACCGAAGCCAUCACCAAAAUCAACCAAAUCAUCCAAGAAGCCCACAGUAUUAAACCCAACUUGGGUGACCUCCCGCAAGCUCUCAACCGCCGGCUGGCCGACAGUAACAAACAGGUGGCCCAAACGGCCCUCAGCACUUGUCAGAGCAUCGCCAAAGCCAUGGGCCCGCCGUCCAAGCAGUACAUCAAGGUCUUUUUCCCGUUCUUUUUGCGCUGCUGGGGCGACAAUAAACCGCAGUUGCGGACCGCCGCCAAGGAAACCAUCGACGCGUACGUGGAACAGAGCGGCGGCUACAAGGAGUUCUUCGAGAACGAGAUGAUCGCCGACGGGCUCAAGAUCGGGACGCAGCAGCUGAAGAUCGAGCUGUGGGAGUGGCUGGCGGAGAUCUUGCCUAAAAUUCCAGUGAAGAGUAUUCCCAAGGAGGAGGUGGUCAUAUGCAUUCCAAUUUUGUACGUCCAUUUAGAGGAUAGGACUUUUGAUAUUAGGUCGAGUUCGCAGAAGGCUAUAUUGGGGGUGAUGAUGCACGUGGGGUACGACUGUAUGGCGAAGCAUUUGGAGAAGUUGAAGCCGGGCUCGCAGAGUGAGGUUAGGAAGAAGCUGGAGAACGAAAGGGGGAAAUUGCCGGCUCCGGUGACGAAAAAAGCGGCGGAGAAGGAGGAGAAGACGGUGCGAGGGACGAAACCGGUCGCUAACGCGAAGAAUGCUGUCAAACCAAAAGGGAAUGCAUCCAACGCCAAAGCGGCCGCCGCAACCACCAAAAACAAGAAAGAAGAAGACAUCGACACAUCGCCUCUCCUUGUUGUUAAUAACAUGAAACACCAAAGGACGAUUGAUGAGUCGAAAUUGAAAGUGCUUAAGUGGAACUUCACCACGCCCCGAGAGGAGUUCGUUGAUCUUCUGCGAGAUCAAAUGAGCGCUGCCAACGUUAAUAAAAACUUAAUAUCGAACAUGUUUCACACCGAUUUUGGGUAUCACAUAAAAGCUCUCGAAUCUUUGAUGGACGACUUAAACGACAACGCUUCGGCUUUAGUGGCAAACCUCGACUUAAUUUUAAAAUGGCUGACUUUACGCUUUUUCGACACCAACCCGUCGGUAGUUUUCAAAGGCCUAGAAUAUCUGCAUUCCGUUUUUAACACGUUGACGGAAAUGAACUACAAAAUGCUCGAAAGUGAAGCGUCGUCGUUCCUUCCGUAUUUAGUCAUGAAGAUCGGCGAUGCUAAAUUCUGUAAUGGAGUGCGUUCCCUUUUUAAAGAAAUCUGUUUUGUUUAUCCGGUUGGUCGCGUUUUUACUUAUAUGAUGGAGGGCGUCAAGUCCAAAAACGCCAGACAGAGAGCAGAAUGUUUGGAGGUUAUGGGUUCUAUAAUACAAGAUCACGGUAUGUCCGUUUGUGGUUCCUCACCGACUGCGGUUCUCAAAGACGUCGCUAAGCAAGUGUCUGAUAAAGAUAAGUCGGUUCGUAACGCUGCCUUGAAUUGUCUAGUGGAAGCGUACACGAUUUUGGGUGAUAAGCUUUACAAAAUGAUAGGGAAUAUAUUAGGAAAAGAUUUGUCUCUCUUGGAAAGUCGAAUUAAGCAUUCAAAACGCACGACUAUUAUAAAAGCGGACGCUCAGAUACCCCAGUUUUCGUCUAAAGAACAAGAAGCCAUUAACACAGACGGUGAUAGUGGGGAUACUGAACCCGAACGGAACGAAGAUGAAGAAGAGGAUAAUUUACCGCCUGUGAUAAUGCCCCUGAAAGUGGCCCAAGAGACCACCGAGCCCACUGGCCCGUUUGCUCUAGACCGAGAGCUGCUAGCACAACUAGACAAACUCCACGUGGUCCAAGUACCGGCCAAAGUUAAAGAAUUCGACUUAGACUUUCUGAAGGACGACAUACACAUUCCCACACUAUCACCGGCAGAUAUGAGGGCCAAAAUAAUGCCACUCUCACCACCAAAACCCCUAGACCCCAACGUAUCUAUUUCAAGACUGAACGCAGGCCAGAGACAAGGAAGUCCCAAAAAGCACGACCCCUUCUUGACCAGCAUCAUCCACCAAAUCGGGUCGCCCGACCCCAAUAUGGCGCUACAGGGUUUGCAGCAAAUGAUCGAGUUCUUACAAUCCACCAAAAGUGGCGCCAUGGUAAAUUACGAAAACGAAUUUUUCCGUUCCAUGGUCACCCAAUUGAAGCACCUGCGGGGUCAGGACGCCGUGAGUGACCAUCAAGUGGCCAAAAUUUAUCGCAGUCUUUUGACAGCAAUUGAUGCGUUCUACCACAACAAAAAUUUCGGGCAGCAAGUGUUUGUCGAGAAUUUGAAAGACAUAGUGGAUCAGUUGAUACACGUCUUGGUUGACGCUAAAUUGGAGAAUUGUACCAACGGGGAUGCGUAUGUCAGGGUGAUCAACUUGCAUUGCGUGAAAAUCAUUGAGAAGUCAGACCACACGAAAAUAAUUUGCGCUUUAGUUAAGUUAAUUCAUGAGUGCAUCCGCAUGGAUAAUUGGGCUCGGCACACGGAGCUAGUUAUGAAAUGCCUUUGGAGAGUGAUCAAACUAAUGCCAGACUGGGGAGAGGAUGUAGAUUACGACUCCGUGUUACUAGAAGUGCACAAUUUCCUCAAAGAGUUUCCCUCGACGUGGUGGAAAAAUAAACCCACAGACACCGCGCUUCGCACCAUCAAAACCAUCCUUCACUCGUCGGUUAAAAUCAGAGGGGGCUCCAUAAUGCUCCACUUUGGCAAAAUCUCGAAUCCCAGCGAAUCAGAAAUCGAAUCCUACAUUCUAAAAUUAUUAAAGACUAUGAAACUGGAAGCAGUCCACGUGCAGCCAAGUCAACAACAACGCAUGCCCUUCUCCAGAGCCACCCACACAAUGUUGACGGAAAUUUUCCAGAAAAUCGGAAACAAAGACGAGACUAAGGAAGGUUUGACGUUGCUGUACGACUUCAUGCAGCAGCACCCCGAAGCCGACAUUGACCCAUUCUUGAAAAAGUCGUCCAAGUUUUUCCAGGAUUAUAUCCAGAACGGGUUGCAAGAAAUCGCGGAAUCUCGAAAAUCGGCCAAAUCGACUAUGGAAAAAGUCGAAGAAAAGGCAACUGAGUUGAUCACGUCGUCGUCGGGGGUGGCGCAGGACGUGAAAAGUCCAGAGUAUUGGAAUCGACGGUUGGAGAUGUGGAAGAAACAGAUGUACGGUGAUCGCGUCGCCGACAACUGAUUGGAACUGAAGUCAGAAUAAUUUAUUUAUUGGAGUAAAAUUAAGCUGACUAAAAUAGUUGAAAUUGUUUACUAUAUUUAUAAUUGUCCCGGUUACGACAGUGGCUCUACGAUUAGUUCUUCACCUAUUUAAUUAUGCGUAGUGUAAAUAACUGUUACUAUUGUAAUUUCUAAAAAAUCUGUUUUUGUAUUAUUUUUUUACGGUUUCGUUCUGUCAUUAAACGUAUUCCCAGUGAA